CACUGAAUCUGUGAUUUUUUUUGUAUCCAGGAUAGUGAAUCAUACAGUUUUACCAUCCAUCUGUUGAAGGUGUUUUGUAGGCUUUUCAUGAGGAGCAGGACUGAGAUUUUCAUACCUGUGCAAGAGAUCUUCUCCUCCAGUAACUCAGGCUCUGCUUGGUAUGUGCCUGCCUGGGAGCACCGAGCUGGUAUUGUCAGAGAUGUCUGGAAGAGACAUGGCCAAACCCCUCCUGGGCCAUCAGACCAUGGAAGGUGACCCCAGCACCACACCUGCGGCCGGCCGCACCAUCGGGGUGCUGGGGAGUGGGGACUUUGCGCGGUCAUUGGCCAUCCGCCUGUUGUGCUCUGGGUUCAAGGUGGUGGUUGGCAGCCGCAACCCAAGGCGAAAAGCUGGCCUCUUCCCUUCCGCAGCAGAAGUUACCUUGCAGGCUGAGGCGGUGAAGAAGACGGAUGUCAUUUUUGUGGCAGUUUUCAGGGAACAUUACUCCACCCUCUGUGACCUGGCUGAUGUGCUGGUGGGCAAGAUCCUGGUGGACGUUAGCAACAACACCGAGAUCAACCAUCGCAAAGAAUCCAAUGCCGAGUACUUGGCUUCCCUGUUCCCAGCCUGCACUGUGGUCAAGGGAUUUAAUGUGGUUUCUGCAUGGACACUGCAGUCAGGUGCCAGGGAUGGAAAUAAGCAGGUUCUAAUUUGCUCAAAUAACCAAGAAGCCAAGCGCACCGUAGCAGAAAUUGCUCAAGUGAUGGGAUUCACCCCUGUAGAUAUGGGCUGCAUGUCAUCAGCCUCUGAGAUCGAGAACAUUCCACUGCGCCUCUUGCCAGCCUGGAAAAUCCCCAUCUUUUUGGCUCUGGGGCUUUUUAUUUGCUUCUUCACUUACAACCUGAUCCGGCAGGUCAUCCACCCUUACAUCAGGGAGCAGAAGAACAAGUUAUACAAGAUCCCCAUCGAGGUGGUCAACACAACACUGCCUUGCGUGGCCUACGUCAUGCUGUCUCUUGUCUACCUGCCUGGGGUGCUGGCAGCCUGCUCACAGCUCUAUUAUGGCACCAAAUACAGGCGCUUUCCAGAUUGGCUCGACCAGUGGCUCCAGCACCGAAAGCAAAUUGGUCUCCUUAGCUUCUUCUGUGCAGCUUUGCAUGCUGUGUACAGCUUCUGUCUGCCCAUGCGCCGCUCCCACCGCUACCAGUUAAUUGAGACAGCCGUCAAGCAGGCUGUGGAGAAGAAGAUGAAUAUCUGGGUAGAGGAGGAAGUCUGGAGGAUGGAGAUUUAUAUCUCUGUUGGAAUAAUUGCCCUGGGCUUGCUGUCGUUGCUUGCCAUCACUUCACUUCCAUCCAUCGCGAACUCUCUUAACUGGAGAGAAUUCAGUUUCAUUCAGUCCACCCUUGGAUUUAUUGCCUUGGUAAUCAGCACUCUGCACACACUCACAUACGGAUGGUCGAGGGCCUUCGAUGAGAACCAGUACAAGUUCUACCUGCCUCCAACCUACACGCUCACGCUGCUUGUCCCAUGUACUGUGAUUCUAGCAAAAGUCAUCUUCAAUUUGCCCUGCAUCCAGCAAAGACUUCAGCGAAUCAGGAGGGGCUGGGAGAAGGGGAGAUACGUGAAGUUUGUUCUGCCCAGCGCAACAGGGGAAUAUUCAAGUGGGGAGACCUCUAGCAAUGUCUAAUGGAGCCCUGGCUGUGACAGAGUAUUACAAAGCACUAUCAACAUUUCUAUAAAGAUGUUUCUUUUUUUUUAUAUAUAUGUAUGUUUUGGUAUAAUUGUGGGAAAAUAAUAAAACCUGGUGACUUUAGAAAAAUGGAUGACCAUGAAACUAGUUUAGACAGUAGUAGUUAAAUUAUAUUGCCAAUUUGCUAGGACAGUUAUUGCCUUAAAAAUGACUGUGAAAGCUGAGCUAGCAGCACUAAUACAUGGGAAACUGAUGGGCUCCAUUAGUCAGAUCAGUCACUUGAGGUACUGUCUGGCAGCUCCCCAGACCAGUACUUCUCAGUUGAUUCCCUAGCUGCUCUCAUAAAUUUCAAUGCCUUUUAUUUUUUUAAUAUGAAGUGGCACAGUCACUGCAAGGUUAAAACCUCGCCUUUAUGCCCAACAGAAGUAAGUUUUGCAUCUCUGCUCUGCCUACAUAACUUUCACACCCACGUACCCUUUCCCAUCAAUGGCAAAGGGAUUAUUUCCAUGAGCAGAAGCAGAGUCAGGCAUCUGCACCUACCUGAGGAGCUAGCUCUGUCAGUGAGUCAGCAUGGUGCUUUUCAGAUGGACACAAGCCCAGAUGGACAGACGAGCCAGCUCAACAUCCCCACAAUAACUGCAGCUCCACAGCCUCUAGAAAAACGCUGGUCAAGUGUCUCCAGGUAAUGCCUGUGCCGACAUACUGUCCAGCCAGUCACGGUCUCUUUGAAGGACUGAAACCAAUUCCUGCAAAUGCAGAACAGCAUUUCAAAUGGUGCCCUUUGUAGGCGACUGAUCCUUAAAACCUUUGACACAACUGUUUGUGUAACUUCUGGUUCUGGAACACUGAGAAGCAGCUUGAGGAAUUUUUCUGCUACCUUUUCCCUACACAUUUUUAAUGUGGAUAGGGGGUUCAGUGAAGUUAGCUUAAAAUGUACCAAAACUGGUUUUGUACUUGGAGUUUUUCUCUCUCUCUGUAUAUAUGUACACACAGAGAUAUAUAUAUUAUUGCAGAACAUAUAACUGGAAUGUAAACUCUUUAUAUUUUUAUUUUCUGUAUUGCCUACCAUGUGCCUCUGGGAUAUGAAAGAACCAACUGAAAAGCUGUAAGAGUAAGGCCAGUUUUAAUCACUGGCAUCCAUAGUUUAUAAAAGAUAUUCUGAACUGAUCUAUAUAAUUA